ACAAUUGUCAAAGCCAAUUCAUAUGGUACUGAAAUUGAGCUUGCAAAAUUUGCGGGGAGCUCGUUAAAAUUGGUUGUAGUGUUACACUACUACUAGACUACUAGUGUCAAGAAUCCAGUUGUUACCUACAGUAAUGCUCUUUCACUUUUUCUUUCCAGGAUUUUCCUGUUUUCUUUCAAUAUAUUUUCCUCCUUCAUUCAUGCCUCCUCCUCCCCCCUCCCUCUUUUCCUCAUAUUUGGAUAGAGAAAGAGUGUGUGGAAUUAGCUAUGACCCACCAACCACCACACUCGUGCCUGUGAAGAAAGUUGCGCACUCAAACUUAAUCAAGUGUUUCCUUUCCUUCUCUAUGCACGUCAACUAUUUGUUGAAAAUGACUCCGCAACAACAACAAAUUCUUCCCCCCUCUCUCUCUAGUCUGUCUAUACUUCCCUUGUCUUCUACUUUUGUUAUUCUUGUUUCUUCCUUCACUUCACUGCACUUCUCUUCCCCAUUCUUUUCUGUCAUGGACAUGAACUUCAAUCACCAUAACCACCAUCUCUGCUUGUCCAAAUGUCCUAAGCAACGCUGCAACACUCAAUGGAUUUUCUUGGAUGUCCAUAGUGACAUUACUAUAGAAGUGGAUGGAGCAACGUUUGCGUUACACAAGUUCCCUCUCGUUUCUCGUAGUGGACGAAUUCGAAAGUUAGUUGCAGAUCAUAGAGAUACUGAUCUUUCAAGGGUUGAACUUUGUGGUUUACCUGGGGGUGCAGAAUCAUUUGAGUUAGCUGCAAAGUUCUGUUAUGGAGUAAACUUUGAGAUCACGUCCUCAAAUGUUGCUCAACUUUGUUGCAUUUCUAAUUACCUAGAAAUGACCGAGGAAUAUGCAAAAGGUAAUCUUGGUUUUCGUGCAGAAACUUACAUAGAUACCAUUGUUUGCAAGAAUCUUGAGAUGUGCGUUCAAGUGCUGCAACAGUGUGAGAACCUUCUCCCCCUUGCUGACGAGCUGAAAAUAGUUAGUAAAUGUACUGACGCAAUUGCUUCCAAAGCAUGCGUUGAACAAAUAGCAUCAAGUUUUUCACGCUUAGAAUACAGCAGCUCAGGCAGGCUUCAAACAAAUAGGCAGGCCAAUGGUGAUGGAGAUUGGUGGAUUGAAGAUCUUUCUGUUCUUCGAAUUGAUUUAUAUCAGAGAGUCAUAACAGCCAUGAGAUGUCGAGGGCUUCGUCCAGAGAGCAUUGGUGUAUCACUUAUGGAUUAUGCGGAAAAAGUUUUGAUCAAAAAGUCCAGCCAAUGGAAUUCAGCUGUUCAACCAAAAGACGAUAUUGUUGGUUCCUUCGAUCAUCUCCAAAGACUAGUAGUUGAGACAAUUGUCAAUUUAUUACCUGUGGAGAAACACAUCAUCCCUAUCUCAUUCCUUUUUGGAAUGUUACGAACUGCAAUGAUGCUUGAUUGCACGAGUAAUUGCAGGCUUGAUCUUGAAAGGAGGAUUGGGUCACAACUGGAAAUAGCUACUCUGGAUGAUCUGUUGAUCCCAUCCUUUCGCCAUCCUAGUGAUACUUUAUUUGAUGUUGAUACAGUUCAUAGAAUCUUGGUAAAUUUCUCUCAGCAGGAUGACAGUGAAGAUGAUAUGGAAUACACUUCUGCCUACGAGUCUGAAGGAUCUCAUUCUCCUUGUCAGAGUGCAUUGCUCAAAGUUGCAGAAUUAAUUGACACCUACUUGGCUGAAAUAGCUCCUGAUGCAAACCUGAAGUUCACCAAGUUCAUGGCCAUUGCAGAAUCUUUGCCAGAACAUGCUCGGACAUCCCAUGAUGGUUUAUACCGAGCCAUUGAUAUUUAUUUAAAAGCCCAUCAGGGACUUUCUGAUACAGAGAAAAGGAGGAUCUGCAAACUAGUUGAUUUCCAAAAGCUUUCGCAGGAAGCUGGUGCACAUGCUGCACAAAAUGAACGCCUUCCAAUCCAGUCCAUUGUUCAAGUUCUCUAUUUUGAGCAAUUAAGGCUUCGAAAUAACUUAUGCAGCUCAUAUCCAGACCCUGAUCAUAAACCAACAUUACAUCAGUCAUGGCGGGUUGGUAGUGGUGGGCUCAGUGCAGCUAUGUCUCCCAAAGACAAUUAUGCAUCAUUAAGAAGAGAGAACCGAGAGCUGAAACUUGAACUAACUCGAUUGAGAAUGAGGCUCAAUGAUCUGGAAAAAGACCAUGUUUGCAUGAAAAAGAACAUGGAAAAAUCUUCUGGCUCUCAUAACUUGACUGUUUUUUCGUGGAUGAUGAAGAAGAUGAGUUUGUUCAGUCAUAGUUCUUCCCGGGGAUUGUCGUCGCCAUCAAAACACUCACAAGAAACAGAUUUUAAGAUGACUAGGAAAAUGUGUGAGGCACAUAUAUACUAGUCUCCUGCAGUAGAAAAAGAUCUCGUCUUCUUUGGAUAUGUAUCUACACAUACACAUUACAGUUUCCGUCCUUAGUUUUGAAGAGAUCGAGUAGUACUUGACCUUUCGGAUUGACUGUUCGGUAUUCUGUAAUCCGGUCUCUUUUUUAAAGAUGUGUACAGAUGGUAAAUGCUACAACUGUAAAUCCCAUUUCACAUCACUGAGAAAAUCCAGGUCAUAUGCCAGAGCGCAGAUAAUCAGGCAAUGAUAAUGGGCGUGGCUGAACUAGACACCACCCUUCAAGUUUUGAUGGCCGGUAAGCCAAAACCUGUUCCCUUUGGCCACCAGGAUGUUAAGUUUAUGUUUCCACAGGUUGCAAGAAUAGUGCUCAUUUAAGGAGUGUGUCUGUGUUGUUUGAGAACAUCUCAUUUGGCUAUUGAUAAUUGCAGUGUUUUCUCAAUCAAUGCUUCUGUUUCA